AUGGGCUGCGGCUCUAGUAAAGAGGAGAAACUAGCGCUACAGAAAUCAAAAAGCAUAGAAAAAUUACUAAGAGAAGAAAGUUUAUCUUUGGUCCGGGAGCUUAAACUUCUUUUGUUAGGAGCUGGAGAGUCUGGCAAAAGCACGAUAAUUAAGCAAAUGAGAGUUAUACAUGAUGGCGGUUUUUCAAAGUCCGACAAUGACCUCUUCAAGCCCAUAGUGUUCAGUAAUACCGUUCAAUCGCUCAUCGCCAUCAUCCGGGCAAUGGAACGACUCGGUAUCGAAUAUUCGAAUACCGACAGAGAAAUUGUACAAUGUAUGAAGAGGUUAUGGUCUGACGAAGGCGUUCAACGCUGCUUCAAAAGGUCCGCUGAAUAUCAACUCCUCGAUUCUGCUAAAUACUUUCUUGAUAGCCUAGAUCGUAUAGGCGCCAGCACGUACACACCAACAACACAAGAUAUCCUGAAAACCCGGGUUCGAACCUCAGGCAUUGUUGAGAUACAAUUUACUUAUAAAAGUUUACACUUCAAGAUCUUAGAUGUAGGAGGGCAAAGAUCGGAACGUAAGAAAUGGAUACAUUGUUUCGAAGACGUUACAGCCAUCAUCUUUUGUGCUGCUAUCAGUGAAUAUAACCAAGUCCUAUAUGAAGAUGAAAACAUGAACCGCAUGCACGAGAGUCUGCGUCUAUUCGACUCGACAUGUAACAACAAGUGGUUCGCCGAUACUUCCAUCAUUCUCUUCUUAAAUAAAAAGGAUUUGUUUGCUGAAAAAAUUAAACGGGUUCCUCUUACUGUCUGCUUUCCGGAUUACUAUGGUACACAAUCCUUUGAAGAGACAUCCACAUUCAUAAGAAGUCAGUUCUUAGCGAAGAACAAGAGCAGCAGUACGAAUCAGAUCUACACACACCUCACGUGUGCAACUGACACAACAAACAUUCAUUUCGUAUUCGAUGCAGUCACAGAUACAAUUGUCACUAUCAAUCUUAAAGGAUGUGGACUAUAUUAA